AUGGCGGAUCCCGUCAGUUUCACAGCAAGCGUCAUUGGUAUCGCAACACUAGCGGUACAACUCGGGGAUGCCCUGAGGAAAGCAGCUGAAUUUUGGGAAGCCGUUCAGGAUGCUCCUUCAGACAUUCGCCGCUUGUCCAAACAGCUUCGACUUGUGGCUAGCGUCUUUCAUACAAUUCGACUUGAAUACGAAACUGGUAGUAUACCUACAAAUUUUGAAAGCAUGGUCAAGGACGCUCUGGAAUUAGCAAAAGACGAUAUUGGUCAACUCUCAGAGUUGAUCUCAGAGUUGUCGCGAAAUCUAUCCGUUGCCAAUGGGAGUCUCGGUAGGCAAUGGAGAAAAGUCCAGAUGGUCCUGAAAGCGGGCAAGAUAGAAAGGUUUAGGGAUAAUCUUGAGAGCGUUAAGACCACUAUGGCUCUACUUCAGGGUAGCAGACAACAGGCAUCUUUGAUUCAAGUCAACAGCAGGCUCGAUGUCCUAACCACGAAUAUUAGCUCUGUAGCUACAACAAACUCGACGCACCAAAUUUCACUUCCAACAUCACAAGAAACGACGCAGAGUCAACUAUUUCCCUCGGGUGGAUGGAGAAGCUCUGCUGGUAGCGUUUCUAAAUCUUUUAAUCAAUAUAAGACGAAUUUCUUACUAGGCACUGUCAAUUUUCGAACUAUUUCUACCACUCACCGAUAUAACGAUGACGAUGGGAUAGACGAUGCCGACAAUUCGACAAGCAUCAAGACUUUCCUGGUUGAACUUUUAGUGGGAUAUACGACAUGUCGGAAAGGGUUCAGAUUCAUGGCAACAAGUAAUUUUGAUCGGUAUGCACUUGACAUUGUUCGGCGCCGACCAUAUGAUUCGGAAAUUUUCAAACUUUGUAGAAAUGGUAAUGUUCAAGCUGUUCGGAGGUUACUAGAUCGCGGAGAAGCAUCUAUUCAUGAUGUGGACGAGAUGGGAAGGUCUCUUUUACAUAUAGCCGUUUCGUGUGACAACUGGCAGCUUUCCACAAUGCUUCUUGAUGUUGGGGCUGAUUUACACUGGGAAGAUGAUUAUGGCUAUCUCCCUGUGUUGAUGACGAAAGCAUUGACUUGUUUUGCUACUUUAGUUGAAGCUGGAUUUGACUUAUGGCCGUUCUGUUUAUCGGGCUCAGGUACAUUUUUUGACUCUUUCUCGAAUAUUUCCGUAUGGCAUUAUAUAUUCCAGCAUAAACCAACCCAAUCAAUCGGAAGCAGUUUUGAUGCAUUUAUGCAAUGGAGCAUUUGUCGAACAAAAGAUGCCGAAGUUCUCGAUUUUUUAGUCGCCAGGGGGCUUGCGGUACAUAUGAUAUUUACUGUUGUGAACAAAUGGCUCGGAUCAUUAUUCCGUCUUUGGUUCUAUGGACGAGAGAGCAGUACAUUAUUCCCAUUCGAAUACAAGCUCUCCCUUGUCUUGAGGCAAUUACUUAUACCCUCAUCUUCAAGCGAAUCAAACGAAGAGCUCCUCCCGCGUACUAUCACUGGCAUAUACAUAGAUGGGGUUGUAGGUAUUAUAAAAGCAUGCCUUUGGAGCGUGGGAAUUACCAAUGCUCUCUUUCGACUAUGGUCGAAACCACUUUUUGAGUUAGGAAUUGAUCUCUUUCCUCAUCAUCCACGUACCGAGAGUGACGGUCAAGAGAACAGCGACAGGGGUGGUAGCGAUGGAAAGAACAUUCCAAAGAAUUAUUUCAAAGGCCACAUCAUUCAUUGUUGUAAGGACAUAAAUUAUUCGAUUGUUUAUGAGCAUCAGCAAGACAAUCUUUCGCUUGAAAUAGAUGUUACAACUUUACCAGAGUACUCGCAUCUUGAUCCCCUAUUCCUAUGCGAAGCUGGUCGAAAACGUCGCGAUAGGAAUGGUGCAGGCCGAUGCCUCUCACAAGUCGAUGAAGCUUUCAUCGAAAGCGGAAAGCUCUCCAUGGAUAUGCCUGGACAAUGGGAAGAGCCACUGGUUCCAAAUACGGCAAUGGAGCUCACUCUGUAUUCGCCAUUUUACACACGCCCUCAGAUUUUUUACAGCAUGGUUCAUGAAUCAGGAUACGGCUAUUGUACUAUCACCGAGGAAGACAUCCAACAAAUUGAGGAAGAUUUGAAAAAUGGUACUUUGCAAGGCUUAAGCGAGGAUUCACCUGAAACUUCCGGGGAAGCCUGA